UACUAGUCUAGUCAUUCGGGCAAACCACCUAGGCUAUUGUAACUUCACCCCACAUUCAGCUGCUACUCUCGCAAUUUCAUCACUCAACUCAACAAUCUGGAAAAGCUCUGAAUAAAUUAGACCAAAUUCUGAAUUUGAUAAUCCCUAUUUUUAAUCACCCCAUUCAAAUUCAAUUGAAUUCACUUAGUUUAGCUCCUCCAAUUUCCACUAAAUUCCACUAAUUUAACUAUUUUUGACUUCUUUCAAACCCAGAAAACUCAACUAUGGCAGCAACACCAAUGCCGGGAAACCCUAAUUUGGACGGAAAUCCGCCGCCAUUGCCGCCACUUCCGGGAACUGACAUGACCGGAAUUUGCUUCAGAGAUCAAUUAUGGCUUAAUACUUAUCCUCUCGAUCGUAAUCUUGUUUUCGAUUACUUCGCCUUGUCCCCUUUUUAUGAUCAUACUUGCAAUAAUGAGCAAUUGCGAAUGAAUUCUGUUCAUCCCCUUGAUCUCUCUCAUCUUUCGAAGAUGACAGGGAUUGAGUAUAUGCUGUAUGAAGUUGUAGAGCCUAAUUUGUUUGUCAUUCGUAUGCAAAAGAGGGAUAGUCCUGAGAAAGUUACGCCGAUGUUGACUUACUAUGUAUUGGAUGGUUCUAUCUACCAAGCUCCGCAGCUUUGCAGUGUUUUCUCUGCAAGAAUUGGGCGUGCUUUGUAUUACAUACAGAAAGGAUUCUCAACUGCUGCUUCCAAGUUGGAGAAGAUUGGACAUGACAGUGAAAGUGAUGACGCAAAUGAUGAUGCGACAGCUACUAAAGAGACUAUUGAUCUCAGAGAACUAAAGAGAGUAGAUCAUAUCCUUGCUUCCUUGCAGCGUAAGCUACAACCAGCGCCUCCACCACCCCCAUUUCCAGAGGGCUAUACUCCAUCUCAGCCUACGGAAACAGAACAAGGCUCAGAAACCCAGCAAGGGACAGAACAACAGCAGCCUCUGCCUGUUGAUCCCAUCAUUGACCAAGGGCCAGCUAAAAGGACGAAAUAUGAUUGAUCUUUUCUUGCCAAUUUCUUGCAAAUUUCAUGUGAAAUAGCAAAAUGGUGGCUUUGACAGGGUUGAUGUUUCCUGUAAAAUGGAAUAUAUAUGGAAUUUGAGUGAAAUAUCUCCCUUCUUUCAUGAUCAUCUAUCGUGCUACUGGAAGGUUCAUCUCAAUAUAUUCGCUUCCCAGCAUGAGGUAAUUGACAAAUUAGAGAUGCUUAUCUUAAACACCAUGCUUAUUCUCAUGAUCAAUUUCUCUGAUGCUUAGUGAUAUACACUGAAAAUUGACCUUACAAUACUGCAUGUCUGAAUAUGACUACCCGAUAAUUUGUGAUUUAAGUAUUUAAGCUUGUACAACCUCCACUUCUCUUUUCUCCGUAAAAUUAUGCUCUUCUUUUGCAGCUUCACAGGCUUCUUCUGUCUUCUCUUGUUCCUUCUGUGCUUCCACAUUUUGCACACAAUCUUUAGCCUUCCUUGUCUGGACCAACAGCUCUUUCACCCAGUUAAGCAGCUUCUCAGUUGCCUCCUCAUCUGCUUGUUUCAUUCACUCGUCAGUGAAUUGGAUACACAAAGGAGAGCUUGACAGUAUAUUUUGCUCUCUAUCAUACAUAUAUGUUCCAUUUGACUUUGGUGGCCAAAUUUCUGAUCAUAAACACAUUGUAUUGAUCUGUAAUACUGGUUUAUAACAUGUCUACAUUAUCUUGAAGAAUUUUUUCAGUAAACUGUCAAUUUGUAGUUUUGAACAUGCUUUCAAGGACAUGCAUUAAUGAUUGUAGUUGACAAGUUUUGAACACAAAAGUCAAAUGGUAGCCUAUUAUUUUUUAGAA